UGCAGGCUAUCUGUUGUACGGUAAAUACAUAUACUUGACCACAUGAACAAUGCUGCUGGAAACAGAUCUCAAAUGUAUAUUUUUAUUCUUAACAGACAUCACACGAGCUAACUGGUCUCAGCAUGCGUAAGAGUGACCAUUGGCAGGUACAACAAGAAACAGCAAAAGAAGGCCCUACUGAUGAUUAUGAUGAAGAAAGUUACGAGUUUAUUGAUGGUGGAGAAUUACACUUUAGUACCAUGCAUUUUUCACAAUACAAAGGCACAUCGGAAUAUGCUGAUAAAAGGUGUUUCCAGACAGAAAUAAAUGACCAGCCUUCUAACAACCUGCAGCUAAGUCCCACUGUCCAUCAUGUAUCCAGAAGUACAUUUGCAGCAAGACCACAGGCACAAAGACAUCAUUUUAAGGAAUCAAGAUCAGUCAGAGACCAAAGAAUGUUAAGCGUGACAAAUUUCAAAGAUACGACUCCAUCACAACGAUUUAUGCCCAUUAACUCCUGUGAGCAGAAUUCUGUCCGAAGCAGCAGUAAAACAAGGGAUAAAAAGUCACAGCCUUCUAAAGGUCCAGCUGUAAACCGGAGCCUAAAACCACAACAUUUUUGCCAAGUUAACGGAAGUCCAUCAAGUCCCCUUGAAACCCACAAGGGUAGCGGGAUUAAAAAGGAAUUAAACCUGUCCAUUCAGCCACAUGCAAUGCCCUCCAAACUGAGUACAGAGAGGAAAACAGAAUCAACUACAAGUAGAAGACUCAAUUUACAAAGUCAAUGUAAUGAUAAGAGCAGAGGCAGCAGCUUAACACAAAACCACCAAACGAGCAGGACUCCACCAUGGAAGACAGAAUCAGAUUGUACAGCAGCGGGAGCCCGGACGCACCCAGGUAUCAAGCAGAUGCAACAGAGGCCACAUCCAGUGACCGUUCCAAAAGUCCCAGCUGCUGAUCAGUUGCCAGGAAUGAUCACAUGGUACCUAAAUGAAUGUGAUCGCUGUAAAGCAGAACAUGUUUUAUAUGAAGAGAACAAAGAUGGAGCGUUCCUAGUGAGGGGCAACAGUCACAGAACAUUUAAUGAACCCUAUGUUUUGUCAGUCUAUUAUCAAAAAAAAGUUUAUCACAUCAAGAUACGUUACCUGGAAGAAACUCAGCAAUAUGCUCUGGGAACAGGACGCAGAGGAAACUACAAAUUUAGCUCUGUGGAGGAGAUUAUUGAAUUCCAUAGAAGUUUGCCUCUACUACUUGUCAAUGGAAAAGCCAAUCAAUUUCAAGGACUCCAGUGUUUUCUGACCCAUCCACCUAUCAUGACCGGUAGAAGGUCACCACAGCCUCUUUGAUGGGAUUUAACAAUUUGUGUUUUAUAUACAUUUUGACUAAUUUUAGAGAAGAGCUUAUAAGAGUUGAGAGGAAUUGUAUACUAGUGGAGCCAAAACUAUAUUUUAUAAUUUUUUCUUUAGUUUGUCAGAAGAAGGAGUUUCAUUCCCAGAUGAAUCAUGACAGCCAAAAGUGCUGAUAAAAAGAGUUAAAGUCCCUUAAAGGGGUUGUCCAAUGCAUAAAAUAUUUAUUCUGCAAAUGGCUCAGAAUAGGUUGAAGAAAAUAGUAGAAGCAAUACUCUUCUCUGAUCCUCUGACAAUCCCACUACUAUGCCUCCUGGUCUCCCGCCAGUCUCUGCCUUCCUUUAAUCCAUGCAUUAUACACUGGCCCCCAAGCU